CCAAAUCCUGGUCCUGGUGACCUACACACCUGUUUUCAUUCCAUCCCACCCUAAAUAGAUAAUUGAAGCCUUAAGUGGACAUUUACUGCAGAAAUUGGUUGACCGCUAUCUUGAGAGUUUAUGAAAACGCGCACAUUUUAUCUGGAGUGGGAAAUUCAUGUGUCACUAUUAACCUUCUGCGUAAUUACCUGAUUUAAUUUAUUCAGCCUUUUAAUGGAAGGGCAUUCAUUACAUUAGAUAUUUCCAGUCAGUUCGUACUAUCUUUGUGUUGUGUAAGGUAAACAAAAGAGUUGGAAGAGUUUUGUUAGGAUCUAUGAAUAACAUCUUGUUUCCUUUAGCAUAUGCAUAUGUUACAUUAGAUAUCUACACUUCAAGAUUAACCUUUUAAGAAGGGAUACCAAAACCUUUGGGGAAAUCUGAAACACAUGAAUACAUUUAGCUAAUUGCAUUCAUAGACAUCUGGUCAUUCCUUCCUCUUAUAAAUCCAUUAUGGUUUUCACAUUGUUUUGCCGGUUCUCCUAAUGUAUAUUGUUUCCUUAAUCUUACCAGUCACAGAAGUGAGACUGAUAAGUUUAUGAUUUUCUGACUACACAACAUCCAUCUUUAUCAUUGAUUUCUAAAGCCUUUGUACAAUUUAACUCAAUAAGUAAACAUUUAUUUCAAUACUGAUGGAGUUUCUUUGAUGGCCCGAAGCAUGAUGUUGACAUAUUUUAUAAAAAUUGAAAUAUUUCGAUUUUAAUUUGAAAUAUGAAUUCCAUAUUAUCUUGCAAAGUACUUGAAAACUAAUACAUAAUACCUGCAGAUCCACAAGGAUGCAGAAAGACCGCGUCGAAUAUAACAAAACCAAUUCAGAGGAAAGCCUUGGGCUGAUAUCAAUGUCUAUUGCAUGUUCUUACACUUUAAAAAAUCGAAUAUUAGCAUAAUAUUAACACAAAGUAGUCAAUUGUUCUCGUGGUACAGUACUCUGUCCUCGACGUUGCUGGAACAAACGGUAACGAACAGAUGUGAACGACGCUUCUGGAAAAAAAGACUGAUUGUCGGCAUCAACAGGAUCGCUGGGCAGCUAAGUCCGUACUCCCACAACCCUAAAUUAAGUUGGUAACAGUCGCAGGCUGGUAUUUUCGUUACCGGUAUUAACUUUUAUAAGCAUUUAAGGAUAACGUGCGCGGCUGUGGAUGGCCAGCCCGCGAAUCAGUACCCGCAGUUCAAUGAAGGAGCUGAAAGGCGAUUCUGGGCGGCUACUAGUCAUGUCCGAGAAGUUGCGGCGGUGCAGGCAGGGGCUGUCUGCGGCUCUGGAUCGGGCACUGGAGGGAAGCGCGGCGGCCCAGGGCUGCCUUCUGGUCGCCUGCGCGCUGGAGCGCCAGGCUCCGCAGCCCUCCGUCGUUCCCACUCCGCGGCUGUUGGCCUUCUCUGGAGAGGCCCCUGACUGUGUCCUUCGGCCCGGGGCAGUUCACUGUUUCCUUCCUGCCUCCCCGGAACACAGGGAUUCCCUCUGCUCCUCUAACUUGCCACUGUUGUGCGGUGCAGUUUCACCCACAUUACUGUCAUUGUCUUCUCCGGUUUUUCCAGGGGAAGAGGCUUUCAUUUGUGGAAAACUGGACUGUUCAUUUUCAAGCAGUUCUGAUCUUCCACUUGCUCAGGAUUUGCUAGAAGAUUUUGAAGACAUCCAGGCACUAGAGGAUCUAGCUGGGAAGUUGGAGUUUGAGAACACGUUGAAUAGAGUGUACUGUAAUAUGAGCCAAGGAGCAGAACUGGACAACCUUACAAUGCUGUGUGGAGAUGAGCUUAAAAGCUCACUAGAAGGAAGCAGUAAAGAGAACACUUCAGAAACAGAGGAACACAACAUGAUAGAGGCUGCACUGGAAAUGGAGCAAGAGUAUGACCUUCUAUUUUAUUGCAAUCGCUUCUUCAGUUAGUUCCUUAAAAAGUGUGUUAUGCGCAGUUGCCAAUUUGAAAGUUGCAUCAUAUUUCUCCACCUAAUUUUCACAAAUAGUUGGGCCCCCAGGUUGUUGCAUCUUACAAUAGGAGACCUCUAUCACUAACUCAGAUGUUUAAUUUUUUAAGUAUAUCAGAAAAGCUACACUGUGCAUCUCCUGCACACUUGAUGACAGUUAUGAGGAUAUUUAGUCAAGAUGCAGUUAUCUAUUAUUAAUCAACACCUUUAAUAUAAUUUCAGCUGUUCCAGUAGAUAUCAUUCAAGCUCAUAAUAUGACAUCCUCCAGGUUUCAAUUAAUAAAAAUAAAAGGAAGUACUGAUUAAUGAUGAAUAACUGUUUAGAUUUUUUUAUCCAAGCUGUGUUUUCAUAUUUAUUUUUAUGUUUAUCACAAAUGUUUAGUCUUUUCCAAAGUGUUAUAAGGUGUAUAUUUUUCUAACUGUAAUACAUGUAAGGUAAUUAAAUAACAAUACAUUUGUACAUAGACAAAGUAAAAAAAAAUACACCCUUAAGUGUAUUUUAGCCUUCAAAAUAUAGAAAAGCUUUGUUGUAAUUAACACUGAAGGCCAAAGCAUGGCAGUAUAGAGUAUACCAGUGUACAGGUCAAAAUGUUUCAAUAAAAAAAUCAAAUUAUUUUGAGACUACCCUUUACAAAAAACUGAGUGAAUUGUUUAGACUCAAUGCAAACUAUUUGUGAAAUGAUUACAUUUAAAGGGAAACUACAGUCCCAAUUUUACAGACUAGUUAUUAAAUCCUGGUAAUAAAAUAAAUCCAUUAAUGGUAUAGAAAAACUUGGUAUGACAGUAUGGUAAGUUGCAGCAAAGUUCCCACAAAUGUGACGUGACAUGGCUCUUCCUGCCCACUAGUCACUGUAAUAACUAAUGUUAUGUGAUGUACAAGGGAAUUAAGUACAGGUUUUGCAGAAGAUAUUUCACUGCAGAAAGUUUCCAACGCGAUCUGCAUGCAGAGUUAACAAGUUCCAUUUAUCGGCAAAACUCUCUCAAAAUCAAGAGCAAUGUUUCUAUUGGUUUAAAAGCAAUGUAUUCACAAGUCAGCUUGUUAAAGUAAUAUGGCCUCUUUAAGUUUUGUUGUCUCGUUAUGAAUCACACAAUAUGGCGCUGCACAUACCUGGAAAUGUAAUCUAUUUUGUGAUGUAAAUUGGGGAUUUUACAAGUUGCUAUGUAUGUUUUACUUCUAUUGUGGUCUGAAAUGCACUUAUCAAUCCUGAUUCUUUCUAACCCUGAAAUAUAAAAAUAGCAUUGCAUUUCCUCUUUAAGUAUUUACCUCAGCUAUGUAUAUGUAUGUAAUACUAGGUACAUACUAUGUGGAUAUAAAGAAUAUUCAGUCAUUCUGUAGUUAUUGAGAAGCAGGAUUUAACUAAAGCAUACAAAGUCUGUUUCCUGCUCUACCUCCACCCCUCCGGUUAUGCCUUGAAGAGAGAUUUAUCUCUUAAUCUUCCUGGUUAGUUGAAGAUUAAGCAAAUUGAAAUACCCUAUUUUUAAAGUUAUUCACUAUGCAUAAAAAACAGUAUUGGUUAUAUUUGGUAGGUAGUUAUAAAAAACUGAAGCUUGACUAAAAACUUUUGAACAAGAUGUGAAUCACAGCUUCUGUAACUAUUAAUGAAAUUAAAAAGAAUAAACCAAGGGCUUUACUUUU